AUGUCGAGCUGUCAGCAAGAUGCUUUUGUGGUGAAGGGCAAGUUCUGGGACUACGAGCCAGAUACAAUCCUCAAGGGGUGGGGCCAGAGGCGCCGUCCAAUCAGGGGCGCCGGGGGCGGGGCGCCGCGCCGCCGAUCCCCGAGGGCGCUUCGGCAACUCCCGGGCGCGCUCGGCGUUGGUCCCCGUCCCCCGACCCCGCGGGCCGCCCCGGCCGCUCUGCCCAGCCGCGUCGCGCUGUCCCCUGCACGGGCCGCCGAGCGGCGAUGCGCGGGAACCGGCUGUGGGCGCGCGAGCCCGGGUCCCCUCCGCGCCCCAGGCCGGGGUCUCGGGCCCCGCUCGGCCUGCAGCCCCCGCCGCCCGCAGGGUGGGGCCGGGACCCCCCGCGUCUCCCGGGGCCCUGGGGUGAGCACCGGAGGCUCAGGGACCCCUCGGAGAGUGGGGUCCGCGAUCGGGAGGGGCUCCCAGGGCCCGCGGAGGGACUCAGUGAGCUUUGAGGAUGUGGCUGUGGACUUCACCCUGGAGGAGUGGGCUUUGCUGGAUUCUACUCAGAGGAGACUCUACAGAGAUGUGAUGCUGGAAACCUUCGGGAACCUCUCCUCAGUAGAUGAGGAGGCUCAAUUACAAACCAAUGGAUCAGUUGCUCACGAGGCUAUUUUUAAGCAAAAGACACGCAAGGAACAGAUAAUGGCAAAAUUCACAAGCAAUCAUUCUAGUGCCUGUGCUGCACGAAAAUAUUUGGCAGACCAUAACAUUGAAAAUCAGCACAAAACACUGGAGAGGCAUCACCGAAGUCAUAUAGGAGAGAGAGUCUGUGAAAAUAAUGAAAGUUAUCAAUGUGGAGAAACCUUGAAUCAGAUGCCAAAUCUUCAUCUGCACAAGAAAACCCCUUCUGGAGCAGGUCUCUAUGAAUGCAGUAAGUGUGGAAAAACCUUUGUAUAUCGUUCCUCUCUGAAGCGGCACAUCAGGUCACUUCCUGGACACAAACCAGAUGGCUCUCAGGAAAGUGGGCCAGCCUGCAGUCAUCCCUCCUACCUAAGAAAAUACACGAGAACUAACUGUGGAAAGAAAACCUACAUAUGUAAAUUUUGUGGGAAAAUCUUCCGUUAUCACUAUUGGUUCAGUGAACACAUCAGGACUCACACUUCAGGUAAAACUUACGAAUCCCAGCAAUCUGGGAAUGUCGUCAAUGAGUUCUCAAGUUUUACUAGCCACGUGAGAACUUACAGUGGAGAGAAGACAGGUAAAUGUAAGGAAUGUGGGAAAGAGUUCGUUUAUCUCGGAUCCUUUAGAAAACACAUGAUAACACACUCUCAAGAGAAUCGCUAUGAAUGUAAACAAUGUGCUAAAACCUUCACUUCUUCUGCCUCCUUUCGAAGACAUGACAGGGUUCACACGGGGGAGAAACCUUAUCAUUGUAAACAAUGUGGUAAAAACUUCAGGUAUUCCCAAUCCUUUCAAAGACACGGAAAAAUUCACACUGGAGAAAAGCCCUUUAAAUGUCAGUAUUGUGGGAAAGCCUUCAGUUCGCGUGACUCCUUUAAAGGACACGUCAGGAUGCAUGCUGGAGAGAGACCCUAUGAGUGUAAAGAGUGUGGUAAAGCCUUCACUUGUGUCCGGUCAGUUCGAAAGCAUGAAUGGAUUCACACUGGAGAAAAGCCCUAUAAAUGUAAGUAUUGUGGGAAAGCCUACCGUUCACUUACAGGCUUUACAAUACAUGUGAGAAUGCACACCGGAGAGAAUCCCUAUGAGUGUAAACAAUGUGGCAAAGCCUUCCGAUGUCAUAGUUCAUUAAAAGGACACUUAAUGAUUCACAAUGGAGAGAAGCCCUUUGAAUGUGGGUAUUGUGGGAAAGGCUUCCGUUUGCUCAGAUACUUUAAAGGACAUGUGAGAAUGCACACUGGAGAGAAACCCUAUCAGUGUAAACAGUGUGGUAAAGGCUUUGCUUUUCCAGAAUCCUUUGUACGACAUAAAAGGAUUCACACUGGAGAGAUGCCCUAUGAAUGUAAUUACUGUGGCAAAGUCUUCCGGUGGUCUGAGUCUUUUCAAGGACAUAUUAGAACACAUACGGGAGAGAAGCAGUAUAAAUGUGAAAUAUGUGGGAAAGCUUUUGGCUGGUCCUCAUCGUUUAGAAGCCACAUGAGAAGGCAUAGUGAGAAGAAACCCUAAAAAUGACACAGUGUGGGGAAAACUUCAAGUGGACCUUAUCUGCACAAAAACCUGAGGAUUCACCCUGACUAGAAACCCUAUCAAUGUGAAAAACAUGGAAAAGCCAUCACUUGGUCCUCAUCCUUACGAAACCAUGUGGAAGAUCACACUGGGAGGAGGCCCUAUAAAUAACCUGAGAAUGCCUGAUGCUACUCAACUCAUGUGGAAUAUUCCCAAAACUUCAUAUAUCAUAUUUCCCUUGCUAAUAAGUGAUUGAUGUGUAUUUGUAAAUAGUUUAUCAAAGAGUAUAUUCUUAUGUGAACCAUUUUGCAUCUUUUCCUCUUUGGCCCUUGGUUUUUGCUUCUCACUGGGAUUUGGACACUAAGUUUGAAUUAAGAAGUCAGACCUGUGGUAUGAUCACAAAAUCUAGAGUUAGAGACGGCUUUCCUGGAUGUGCUGUGUCAACAUAGGUAACGUUGGCAAGUAAAUUUUCUAGAGUUCAGUUUUGUUAUGGAUGCAUGACAGAAUCCACCGUCCUAAUUGUACAAGAUUGGGAUGCAGAAGUUAAAAGGCCAUUACUGAAGUUUUGCAGGCACAGACAGGGAGAUAAGACAUGCAUAGGCAAAUUGGGACCAGUUUCCUGCACCUUUUCCUUGUUUCUUCCUGUUUCUUGACCGUCCCGUUCAAGAACAUCCUCAAAACAGCACCAACUGCUUGACUCUGAUUUUCGAGAGGUGUGGUCUUUCACAGAUUGACUCCUUCACAUGCUCUACAUCAGUGAUACAUUCGAAUAUUGCAUGUUCCCGCAUGACCCAGUGUGUCCAUUGGGCCACUGAUUCCAAAUGUCAUGGUUGAGAAUGUUCUCUAAGUUUCUGACACCCCUCUACUUAGUCUAAUUUGUACAGCAAGGAUCAGGAUCUAUUAAUACUGCUAGUGGCUUUAUGUUCUUAAUUACAACAUGCCAGCUAUAGGGGUGCAGUCAAAAAGAGAAACCAGAUGGGAAUUCAGUCCCCAACUGCACGUGUGGUGACCGUGCUGACCCAGUCCUUCCAUGGGAGGAUAACACCCUUCCUCGUAGCAGGGAGAUUCUGUGUGGUUCCUGUGCCUUAAGUAGAAUGGAAUUCUCCAGUAUGUCUUCGAUCAUUAUGUUUUAUCAUAUGCGAUUAAAAUCGAUGUCCAUUUUAAAAUAUAUUUAGUUUCUAUUAAAUUGUUAUGGUAACAUAAACAUCAUUUCUCCUUUUUUAACUUUUUAAUGCAACUUUAUUGAGAUACAUUCACACACCAUACAGUUGAUCCAAAGCAUUCAGUCCAUGGCUCACUGUGUCAUCACAUGGUUGUACAAUCAUCAUCAAAACCAAUUUUAGAACAUUUUCUUUACUCCAAGAAAAGAAAAAAGAAAACCCCAAACCUCCUUUACCCUUUUUUCCCCCCAACACACACACAAUGAUUGACCCCUAGUAUUGGUGUGGUACAUUUGUUACUAUUCAUCAAAGAAUAUUAAGGUAUUUCUAUUAACUAUAGUCCAUACUUUGCAAUAGAUUCAUUUCCCCCAUACAUCACAUUUAUUAACUUCCUAUAAAUAGUGUCAUACAUUUGUUUUAAUUCAUGAAAGAAUUUUUUUUAUAUUUGUACAGUUAAUCACAGUCAUUGCCUACCACAGAUUCAUUGUGUUAUACGUUCCUAUGUUUUAACCUCCAGCUUUCCUUCUAGUGACGUACAGGACUCUAAACUUCCACUUGUCACCACGUUCAGCUGCCCUUCAGCACUGUUAAUUAUACUCACAAUAAUGUGCUACUGUCACCUCUAUCCAUUUCCAAAUGUUUAAGUUCAACCUAGUUAAAAAUUAUGCACAUGUCAAGCAGCCACUCCCCCAUCUAGCCUCUUUCUAUG